AUGCUUAAAUGGCUGACUGAUGUAACCUCGACCCGAGUGGUCGACGAAAAAGAAGAUGGCCGUGACGACAUCGAGGACAACGACGACGUUAUGAUGAUCGACUUGAUUUUGGCCGAAGUGGAGGCGAAAGUGGCGGAAUUCGAAACAGAGCAGGAACUGCGAAAAUCUCAGGAAUGCUUGCAGAAAAGGAUCCCCGACUAUUCAUGGCUGAUCAGUGAUGUGUCGCAAAAACCGAAAAAAUAUCUAACGAUGACUGAACGUAGCCGAUUAACCAGAGCAUGCCAGCGGAUAAGGGCUAACGAAUGGUCCAAACUUAUCAACCUGUGGAAAGCACGUUCUAAGACAGUUUCUUCGCGGGACCACAUCUUUGAUUGCUUCAUUUCAUCCGUCCAUGAAGUGAUUCUCUCACGACCACGUCCACCGACAGUAGGAGAUGUCGUCAGAAAAUACAUCAGAAGUGCGAGCAGUGUGAAUGCGGUGUCUGACUCGCCUCGAAUCAAUGGAUCGACUCGUUCGCUGGCACAAAUCUCAUUCCGUGAACUCAGUGAUGUCGUCUGA